AUGAAUUGCUAAACUGAGUAAAUUUUAAGUGAUAAUGAAAUAUAAUCCAUUUAUGGGCAACUUUAGGCUAAUCUAAAAUAAAUUUAGGAGUGUUUAAAGCAUAAUAAAUCAUUAAUGAAGGUUCUUCUUCAUUGUUAUAUAUAGGACUUUGGGGAAGUAACCUGUGAGUAUGGAUCUAAAAUUGAAGCAUUUUCAAAGAAAUCUAUCUCUGAUAUAAUUGGAAUUAACACUAAUAGAUUGUUCAAAGAAAUGGGUUAAUAAGUAAUAUAUUAAUAAUUUUAGAUAAAACUUUUGGGGUCUAAAAUAAUAGGAUCAUCUUAAGCAAUAAAAGAAUUGAUAGUUCCUAUAAAUGAUGGAAGUAAAACAUUAAAAUAGUCUUUUAAUGAUUAUGUAAAGUAAAUAGAGGCAAGAAAAAGAGAUUAAGAUGAAUAGUAUAAAAAAAUAGAAGAUUUAAAGUCAAAAAUAUCCUCUUUAUAAAAAUCUACAUAUUCAAAUGAAAAAUCUGCUACUUCUCAACUCAAACAGUUGAAAUAAUAAGAAAAAAUGAUGGAAGAAGAAUAAAAAAUGAAAUAUUAAUAGGUUUUAAUAUGUAAAAGAGAUCUUUGUACUUUUAUUGUAGAAGAAAGUUAAAUGAUUGAAUAUAAAAUAAAUCAUUCAUCAACCAAAUGCUAUGAAAUUAUUUAUCUUAGUUUAGAAUAUUUCUUUUCUAAGUUUAAUCAAGUAGCAUUACUAAAAUAAUUACCAGAGAGUUAUCCUACUAUUUAAAAUAGAACUUAAUAAAGAAGUGCAACAGAAAGUAGAUCACAUAAUAAUACAUAAUUUGCACCUUCUAAAUAAAGAUCUAUAUCACCUGUAAAUCAAAUUUAAAAGUAAAAAUUUUAAAUGUAUAUAUAGAAAUAAUAAUGAAAUUUAUGCACAAAAAAAACCUUAUAUGAAUUAAAAUUAAAUAUUAAAAUCUAAUCGUGAUGAAGAAUAAAAUGAUAUUAAAUAUAAGAGCAAAACACUUUCAAAAAUAUAAUUUAAUAAUUAAUUAAUAGAGUCUGAAGAUUGUUAUAGUAAUGUUAAUGAAAAAAGUAGUUAAUAAAUCAAAAUUUUAAACACUAAUAAUAAAGAGAAUUAAAAUAUAAAUUUAAGUAAUCUUUUAAAUAGAAAAUAAAGUGGAGCUAAUUUAAAAAGAUCAGAAAAUAGCAAUGCUUCAAUAUUUAAUUGUAAAGGUCAUGGUUUUUUUAGUAAUUAAGAUUCUUUAAAUGAAGCAUACAAAAAUGAAUGA